AUGCGUAGCAGCUCUGGGUGUACCAACCUCAUCAAUGUCGCAAAGAGUGGCCUCCUCAACGCAGUCGUGCUUGACAAUCUCACGAAGGACACCACCGUCACCGCCACCAAUAACAAGGACCUUCUUGGGGUUGGGGUGGGAGUUGAGGGCAAGGUGGGCAAUCAUCUCCUGGUAGGAGAACUCAUCGCGCUCGGUGCACUGGAUGACAUUGUCGAGGACGAGGACGUUGCCAUAGUCAGUGGACUUGAAGAUGAGCACAUCCUGGUACUUGCUCUUCUCGUGAUGCAGGACCUUCUCGACCUUGAGGGUCAUGGCCUGGCCUGA